UUGUUCUUGUGUUACUCAUUCAUGCAAAUUGGAGAAGGUAUAAUUGAAACAAGGUUGGCAGUGUUUGAGGCAGUGUGCUGCAGCUGAGCUCAGCUUAAAGGUCGCUGGAAAUCAAGUGCUUUGUAAGUGAAGGCAUUUUGACUACAAGCGAUUCAAGACAUUUUGGAAACGUCAGUCUCAGGAAUGGGUCGUCUUUUUCUUUCUGUGAUAUCUGGUAUCUAAUGUUUUACUUAGGAUAAAGACUACUACUUAAGAGCUCUUUUAGGCACCACAAAUGAUUUUUUCUUUCAGUGCAGUGCAGCUGCUUCUAGCCUGUCUACAGACAGAGAUCUUUGUUAUGACUUUUAGCCCUUAACAUGUUUGGAAAUGAGAACAAAUGGCACAAAGCUUACGAUUGCACUUUGCAGCCAGAAGAAGCAAUACUUAUCCUUUGUCAGAAACCUCCGGAGAUGAUUUGGAUAGCAGUGUUCACAUGUGCUUCAAAAGACCAACACGGAUUUCAACGUCUAACGUUGUUCAAAUGAAGCUGACUCCCAGACAGACUGCGCUAGCUCCGUUCUUAAAGGAGAACGUUAAGUCUCGGGAAAGAUCAUCUGUUCCUUCACCUGAAAAUGUUAAUAAAAAGAGCAGCUGUCUACAGAUUUCACUACAGCCAACAAGGUACAGUGGAUGUCUUCAGUCUAGCAAUGUCUUAGCUGAUGGCGAUGAUGCUUCAUUUGCUUGUGUCUUGAAGGAAGGCAUUUACAGCAUUGCUGAGGUUGAUAAUGAACUGAAUGCUGUGAAUGAUGGUAACCUUUUAGGCAGUUCUGCCAUUUGCAGUGGUAGCCUUAGUAACUUUUCAGCCAGUGAGAAUGGGUCUUACAGCAGCAACGGUAGUGAUUAUGGGUCAUGCACGAGUAUCACAAGUGGAGGUUCAUACACCAACAGUAUCCUCAGUGACAGCAGUGGUUAUACUUUUACACCAACUGAUGAUACUUUUUUUGGUGGAAAUUUAUCUGCGGACAGCACCUCCAAUAGAAGUGUGCCAAACAGGAAUAUUACUCCAUGUGAAAUUUUUUCAAGAAGUACAAGUACAGUUCCGUUUGUCCAAGAUGACUUGGAGCAUGGACUAGAGAUUAUGAAAUUGCCAGUGAGCAGGAACUCGAAAAUUCCACUAAAACGUUGUUCAUCCUUAGUCAUUUUUCCUAGGAGUCCUUCAAAUACUCCACCAACUUCUCCAACAAAUACAGGUACUCUUCCAAGCAAAGGAUCCUAUCAAACCUCACACCAGUUUAUUAUUUCUCCUAGUGAAGUUGCCCACAAUGAAGAUGGUACUAGUGCAAAGGGAUUUCUUUCAACAGCUGUCAACGGACUUCGGUUAUCUAAAACAAUCUGUGCUCCUGGAGAAGGAAGAGACAUACGACCACUUCACGGGAAGGGCUCAUUACAAAAGAAAAUGGUUGUUGCAAAUAAUAGUCCAAAUCAGACUGUCUGUGAAAAGUCAUCUGAAGGAUAUUCUUGUGUUUCAGUGCAUUUCACCCAACAAAAAGAAACUACAUUAGAUUGUGAAACAGCAAAUGGUGAUUAUAAACCAGAGAUGUCAGAAAUUAAGCUUAAUUCUGGUUCAGAGUAUAUUAAGCUUAUGCAUAGAACAUCUGCAUGUUUACCAUCCUCCCAAAAUGUAGAUUAUCAAAUAAAUAUCAAUGGACAGUUGGAAAGACCAAAUUCACAGAUAAACAAAAACCAUGCUAUCUUACAAAGAAGUAUUUCAUUGGGAGGAACUUAUCCAAAUGUUUCCUGUUUAUCCAGCCUUAAGCACAAUUGUUGUAAGGGGGGACCAUCUCAAUUACUUAUAAAGUUUGCAUCUGGAAGUGAAGGUAAAGUUAAUAAUUUAUCGAGAGACAGCAACAGAGAUUUCGCAAAUGAACUGUCUAAUUCUUUGAAGCAUUCUUGUGAGACAAGAGAUGAUUUCCUAGGUCAAGUGGAUGUUCCUCUUUAUCCGUUACCGACAGAAAAUCCAAGAAUGGAGAGACCAUAUACAUUUAAGGAUUUUGUUCUUCACCCAAGAAGUCACAAAUCAAGAGUUAAAGGUUAUCUGAGAUUAAAAAUGACUUAUUUACCUAAAACCAAUGGGUCAGAAGAAGAUACCGCAGAACAGGCUGAGGAAUUAGAGCCUGGCUGGGUUGUUUUGGACCAACCAGAUGCUGCUUGCCAUUUGCAGCAGCAACAAGAACCUUCUCCUCUACCUCCAGGAUGGGAAGAGAGGCAGGAUAUUCUUGGAAGGACCUACUAUGUAAACCAUGAAUCUAGAAGAACACAGUGGAAAAGACCAACCCCUCAGGACAACCUAACAGAUGCUGAGAACGGUAACAUUCAACUGCAAGCACAACGUGCGUUUACCACCAGGCGUCAGAUAUCUGAGGAAACAGAAAGUGUUGACAACCGCGAGUCUUCCGAGAGCUGGGAAAUUAUAAGAGAAGAGGAAGCCACCAUGUGUAGCAAUCAGGCCUUCCCAUCACUUCCACCAUCAAAUAACUUGGAUGCUCAGACUCAUCUUGCAGAAGAUUUGAAUGCCAGACUCACUCUUUGUGGAAAUUCAGCCACCAGCCAGCCAGUGUCCAGCUCAAGUCAUUCCAGCAGAAGAGGCAGCUUACAAGCCUAUACUUUUGAGGAACAGCCUACACUUCCUGUGCUUUUGCCUACUUCAUCUAGAUUACCACCAGGUUGGGAAGAAAAACAGGAUGAAAGAGGCAGAUCGUAUUAUGUAGAUCACAACUCCAGAACUACAACCUGGACAAAGCCCACUACACAGGCCACAGUGGAGACCAGUCAGCUGUCAUCAAGCCAGAGCUCCUCUGCAAGCACUCAGCCACAGGUCCCCACAGGUGAUUCAGCACAGCAGGCGACCCAGCCAUCUGAAAUAGAGCAAGGAUUCCUUCCUAAAGGCUGGGAAGUCCGGCAUGCGCCAAAUGGGAGGCCUUUCUUUAUUGACCACAACACCAAAACCACCACCUGGGAAGAUCCAAGACUGAAAAUUCCAGCUCAUCUGAGAGGAAAGACAUCACUUGAUUCUUCCAGUGAUCUGGGGCCUUUACCUCCAGGAUGGGAAGAAAGAACUCACACAGAUGGAAGAAUCUUCUACAUAAAUCACAAUAUAAAAAGAACACAAUGGGAAGAUCCUCGGUUGCAGAAUGUAGCAAUAACUGGACCAGCAGUGCCCUACUCCAGGGAUUACAAAAGAAAGUAUGAGUUCUUCCGAAGAAAGUUGAAGAAGCAGAAUGACAUUCCAAACAAAUUUGAAAUGAAACUUCGCCGUGCCACUGUUCUUGAGGACUCCUACAGGAGGAUUAUGGGUGUCAAGAGAGCAGACUUCCUCAAGGCUCGACUGUGGAUUGAGUUUGAUGGUGAAAAGGGAUUAGAUUAUGGAGGAGUCGCCAGAGAAUGGUUCUUCCUGAUCUCGAAGGAAAUGUUUAACCCUUAUUAUGGGUUGUUUGAAUAUUCUGCUACGGAUAAUUAUACACUACAGAUAAAUCCAAAUUCUGGAUUGUGUAAUGAAGAUCACCUCUCCUACUUCAAGUUUAUUGGCCGGGUAGCUGGAAUGGCAGUCUACCAUGGAAAACUGUUGGAUGGUUUUUUCAUCCGCCCAUUUUACAAGAUGAUGCUACACAAACCAAUAAUACUUCAUGAUAUGGAAUCAGUGGAUAGUGAAUAUUACAAUUCACUAAGAUGGAUUCUUGAAAAUGAUCCAACAGAAUUGGACCUCAGGUUUGUCAUAGAUGAAGAACUUUUUGGACAGACACAUCAACAUGAGUUGAAAAAUGGUGGAUCAGAAAUAGUUGUCACCAAUAAGAACAAAAAGGAAUAUAUUUAUCUUGUAAUACAGUGGCGAUUUGUAAACCGAAUCCAGAAGCAAAUGGCUGCUUUCAAAGAGGGAUUUUUUGAACUAAUACCACAGGAUCUCAUCAAAAUUUUCGAUGAAAAUGAACUAGAGCUUCUUAUGUGUGGAUUGGGAGACGUCGAUGUGAACGACUGGAGAGAACAUACAAAGUAUAAGAAUGGCUACAAUAUCAAUCAUCAAGUCAUACAGUGGUUUUGGAAGGCUGUUUUAAUGAUGGAUUCAGAAAAAAGAAUAAGAUUACUUCAGUUUGUCACUGGCACAUCCCGUGUGCCCAUGAAUGGAUUUGCUGAACUAUAUGGCUCAAAUGGACCACAGUCAUUUACAGUUGAACAGUGGGGUACCCCUGAAAAGCUGCCAAGAGCUCAUACGUGCUUUAAUCGUUUGGACUUGCCACCCUAUGAAUCAUUCGAAGAAUUAUGGGAUAAACUUCAGAUGGCGAUUGAGAACACUCAGGGUUUUGAUGGAGUGGAUUAGAAGACAAAUAACAAUCCACGGUGUUUUACUGCCACUUUUUUAUAAGCAAAGUCUUGACUUAAAAUUUUCCAGGGAACUACUAAAACAUGGCCAUUGAUUCUUCCCAGAUAUGGAGAAAAUCUUAUAAAAGCGUUAGAAGAAAUAGUAUGACAACUUCAUGAUUUCACUCACUUUUAAGUAACGUGUUGCAUCUACACAGUUGUCGCAUCCUAUCUUUAGAGUUCACACUCGAGGAUAGAAGUCCUGUGUACCUGAAAUAGUGAGUUUUGUCCUUAACAUUUACCUCUUUUACAGUAUUUGCCAGGCAGUUCUUAAACUACUGAAAUUAUAACUGUGAAAUAUUUGUGAUAAGUGUCAUAUGUGAAAAGUUUGAUGCUUUUUGAGAAGGGAAACUGAAAUUUGGAAAAGAAUACUUUAAUAUGGAGUAAACAACAAUAUAUUUAGUGCUGCCUGCAGCUAUUUAUUGUUUUGUAGACCUGCCUAAUGCACCUUACUGCCUAGAUUUUUGGAAAAACCUUGGAAAGUGUGUUACCUAUAUUUUUAGUCAACUGACUCACUUGCAAAAAAUUGUUUACUUCUUCAUUUUAAAAGUAUUUGGCUUUUGUGAAUAUAUAGUUUUACUAAACAAAGUGGUUCAUAAGACAUGUGAAGCAAAUUCAGAUUUGCAAAGGGUGAAAAGUGUUAACGCCUUCCUCUUGCCUGUGUGUCUUGAUGGUUCAUUGGUAUAGUCAUCACUCAUGUUUUAGUUUAAAGAAUUCCGUCUUCAGACAUUAAAGCUCCACAAAGCAGUAUUUCUAAAUAUGCCUUGAAGAACUAAGUUAAACGUAUAGUACUUUCCUUUACUAGUCAUUCUGUACACUUGCCCAAUUAUGUAGUGAAUAUAUGUUUACAGGGUUUAUUAUGUUUACAGAUUAAGCUCUUUUCUGUAGUUUCAUUUUUGUAUUUUCAGUAUUUCACUUUAAUCAAAAAACCAAAUAAUUUGUUAAAAAUAACCAAAGAAUAGUUAAGAUGCAUAAUUUGUAUUAAAUUUAUUACGGUAUUAUGCUUUUUAAAAAUACUGUUUACUAUGAAAAUGAUGGUGUUUUACUAUAAAUCCAAAACUCUUUAGGCAGAAUGCUACAGGUAGAAUUCUACUUUAACCAAAUUGAAGUGCAUAAAAGUUCUGUGCAUGCAUUCAACAAACGUUUCCUGCAUGCCUGCUGUGUGCAGAGCUCUGUGCUAGGCCCUGGGGGUGCGAGCUGUCAGCUUUGAAGAGAGCUAGCUCAGUCCCCAGCCUCAAGGAACUUAUAGGUAUGUAAACAAUCAAAGUAGGGGUGAGCAGAAUAAGAGGAAAGGGAAAGAUAAAGUGUGCCAAGACUGUAUUUAUAGGUUUCAUAGCUGUAUUGGAAUGAUUAUAUAGAAUAUGCUCUUGCAAAAAGUUAAACCUAUUUCUCAAUAUGGUAUCUUGGGGAUUUAGGAAUAAUUGUAGAUAUAUGUUAUGAAUCUCCUUAAAUACAUAUAUACUCUGAGAGUUGUAAGAAGUGCUUCUGACUAUUGGUUUAAAUUGGUUAGGGUAUAUAAAAUGAUGGGCACCUGUCGGCACCUGGUAGAGAUCUCUCCUGGUAGAGGAGCAGAAUCACUUUCCAGACACCCCGUCAACAGCUCAGCUUAGGGAAAGUAAUUCACACAUCAGCGCACCUCGUGUUUUAUCUUCGCCUGUGUUAACCUGCAUUCAGGCAAGACCACCAGAUGUAGUCCUAGUUUUAUCACUUACCAACUGUUUAAGCUGAAGCAACUUUCUUAACAUCUCUGCCCUCUUGUUUCUUCAUCUGUCAAAUGAGAACAAUGCCCACCCUCAUUGUCAUGUAAGAUUGUUGUAAGUUCCAUUAAGAUGCUCUGUGCCGUAUCAUACAACCAGAAGAUGCUUUGUGCUUUGUGCUGACCAUCAGAUUUUGUCAAGUCAGGUGUGCACACUAACUACACUCCCAAAGAAGAAUCUCUUUAUUUAAAAAUGAGUGUUAAUAUACAAGGAAGUAGGAACAUCUCUGACGUUGAAUACGUCCAGAUAUAUAUGUAUACAUAGAUUUACCUAUACAUGGAUCUUACUAUUAGAAUUCACUUUCUCCACAUCAGCAAAGUAAUAUUAAUAUGGGCCCAUGCACUUUGGAAUGUCGUCAUUAUAUAGAACUGAAUGUGGAAACUAUUUUUGUUAAAACAGGAUUUUACCGUAUGAUUGUUUAAAUAUCACUUCUGUGAAAUAUCAUAGCGGAUAUCAGAGCUUGAGAAAAUAUAAAGCUUGCUUUUCAUCUGACUAAUAUUCACUUGGAUGAUCCUGUGAUUCAGAUAAAACAGUGUGUUAAUGAGACCAGACACUCCCACCAGCCCCCAGCCCCUGACCAUCGUCCCUUUCGUCUCCCAGGUGUGGGCAGACGGUCCAGAAGGAACCUGUAUCAAGCAACACACCCCUCAUCCCAGAUAGAAAAGUAUCUCAAAUGCAUUCUAUGGCUGGAGAAUAAAUAGGGUGAUUUUCAUGAAGUGAGGACAUCAUAUUUUUCUAGAAAUUAUAAGCACAUAAUUUUAGCCUAUAUUUUCUCUAUAAUCAAACAAAUUUUAACAUAGACGUAAAAUUGUAUUACAAGUGUAUUUCAUCCUAACUCAAAUUUAAAUGGUAUUUGUUUUCAUUUUUUAUUUAUAAUGCUGAAAUUAUUCCUAUAAUUAUCAAGUUCAACACAAUUUGUUUUGAUCAUAAGCCAUUCGACAUUAUUUUUUAAGAUCUUCUCAUAUGAUAAAUAUAUAUCAAGAUUAAUGUAUCAAAAUGUAUUGCAUACUUUAAAGUAAAAAAACAUUUUUAAAAAUCGAUGCCUCAAAUAAAGUUCUA